AUGUCCGACGCAAAGCACCACGUCAUCGCUGCGCUCCAGCAGGUUGGCCACCUCCACAAGGAGCUCGCAAAGGCUCACCGCAGCGCCAACGACGCUAUCCAGGCCUACGCCCAGUCGCUCGACCACGCAGACGACCCGCUCGCCCUCCUCGCCACCUUCCCCGACGUCUUCGAGGGCGCUGGCGUCGCCGACAAGAAGGGCAAGGCCGUCAAGGCCGAAGGCGAUGCCGCCGGCACGAAGCGCAAGCGCGCGCCCGCCAAGGAGAAGAAGGAGAAGGACCCGAACGCGCCCAAGCGUCCUCCCUCGGCUUACAUCGAGUACCAGAACUCGGUCCGCGAGGACUUCCGCAAGCAGUACAGCGAUUUGCCCUACUCCGAGGUCCUCAAGAAGAUCGGCUCGAUGUGGCAGAGCAUGACCGACGCCGAGAAAAAGAGCUGGCAAGACAUCACGGAGCAGAAGAAGUCGCAGUACAUGAAGGCCAAGGAGCUGUACGAGUCGACCGGCGAAGGUCCCGCGCCCGCCACGCCUGCCGCCGACAAGAAGGAGCCCAAGAAGCGCAAGACCAAGGCUGCCGCUGCCGAGCCCGAGGACAUCCCCGUCGAGGACGUCUCGAACAAGAAGAAGAAGGCUGCUUCGCCCGCCAAGAAGGUCGAGUCGGAGAGCGAGUCUGGCGACGACGAAGACUCGGACUCGGACGACGACGACUCGGAGGAGUCGAGCGAGUCGGAGGCGACUCCCCCGCCCAAGAAGCAGAAGGGCGGCGACAAGCACAAGUCGAAGAAGUCGAAGCACUAA